AUGGAGGUGGAUGACUCCCCCCCAGGCGGAGCCCGUCCGGGGACUCCGCUCCUGGGUGAAAACUCUGAACCCCCCUCAGGACCUACCACCCCGACCCCCCUACCCCGGAACUCCCUGAAGAGAAGGGCCUUAUUCUCCCUACAGAAGACUCCCACUGCAGCUCCGGUCCCUGUAUCCUAUUUGCUGCAAGCCCCAUCAAUCUGCAAGCAGGGCCGCCCAAGAGACCUGGCCCAGGGGCUUGCAGCCAGAUUUGUUUCCCUAGCAAAACAGGACUCCCCUCAGCUGAUUCCUCUGAUAACAGCAGCUGCACCCCCACAGCCAUCCAGGCAGAUAGAACAGCCAAACCAACCUCCUACUCCUGAAGCUUGCAAAGGCCCCCUGAAGAGGCAAACCUCGCAGCCUACAACCUGGGCAUCCCUGACAGCCCCAAGAGCUAGUCAGGGGAACUGGCAAACUAUUGCCCCAGAACACUGUAUGCAAGCCAAGCAACCAGCACAACAAAAGCUGAAGCAGCCAAACAAGACUGACCACUGCAUCUUCCUCUGCCUCCCGGCCUCCUCUAGCCUCUGGGCUAUUAGACCACAUGGCAUCCAGGUCACCCUUGCAGGGAAAGUUCCAGACAGGAUUGCACAGGUGCAAGUAAUAUCAACAGGAUAUGUAAUUACUACAACUGAACAAGGCAAGGUCUUCUUACUAUCAGAGAAGGCUGCAAGCCUAGCUGGGGAUGGAUACUUUGAAAUACUAACAGAGUAUCACCAGGUUAUUGUCCCCUGGAUCCCAAAACAACUCUGGUCCCUGGAUAGAUAG